ACAUGCUUCUUUUCGGUAAGUCAAGUUUGUUAGCUCAACCGAUAUAUAAUGAUAUUUGACUGUAAAAGAACAUUGAUAUGAAGAAUGGAAGUUUUACAUAAACGUUUUUUUUUUCUCUUCUAUUGAGAUGCCGCAGCAGUAAAAAAUAUAAUAUAUAUCUGUAAACUGUUUUUGUAAAGUAGUGCUUAAAUCCUUAAUCAUAUCACUUUUCGUCCUUGCUAUUAAAUAUGCUAUGGAUUUCAGUUUUUACUGUAAUAUUUGCGCUGCCUCAAAAUACCCAUGGAUCUGAUCAGGCUUGCCAUGAUAUUGACCAUGACGCCUGCAUUGCCAUGGCAACACAAAAUGCAAAAAUUUGCUUGGAUCCAAUAUUAGGAAAAAACAGCAUGUCCAAAAUAUUGUAACAACUGUCCAAUAACCUGCUACAAUUGUACUACAUCAAAUCCUGACACCAGCAUGUGCCAUUCAGUAUCUUGUCAAAACGGCCAGGCCUGUAUGGUAAAAGAAGUGAAACCUCUGUUGGGUGGAUUGAGUACUUACACAUUAGGCUGUGAACAGAAAUCGGUUUGUGAUGGGACUAAGAAAAGGUCUAUACAGUCCCGUUCUGUGCACAUAGACUGCUGUUUAUCUGAUCUAUGUAACAACAUCAGUCCACCGACGACACCCAUGCCGACUACAAAAUCGUCGUUUACAACCACACCGAUACCCUCGCAAAACGCCGGCCAUUGGUCCGAAUGGAGUAUUUGGGGACCUUGUCGUAAUGGUUCAGAUGGUAAAACUGGAUAUAAGGAAAGAACACGAGUAUGUAACAUUCAGCAGAACAACAUAUCGCCAACUUCCUGUUUAAACGGAUCUACAGAAUAUUACAGAGCUCCUUGCACAUGUACACCACCUCGGAUUGUAAACUUCACAGCGUCAGGAACAUGGAAAAUUGGUGGAGUAGUAUAUUUACGAUGUGUAACCACUGGGAAUCCUAAACCAAGUGUAAACUGGUUGACAUUGUCUACAAAUAUCUUACCAGUUCAAAUGGCAGGCAAUGAUAGUUCUUCACUGAUGAUAGGACCAAUUACACAUCUACACGACGAUUUGUUUAAGUGUGACGCAUCCAAUAGUUGCGGUAAAACAGAUUCCAAAAUCUUCACCGCACCAUCAGCUUCGUCACCAAUAAUAGGAUAAAUCAUGUCAUGCACGUACUGUUAUUAAACGGUUUAUUCUGUUGGUCAUAAAUCAUUAU